UGGUUAUAGCUGCUCUCUAAACACCAUCCCGAAGUUUUCCUGAACCGUGUGACGCAUGAACACCGGAUGUUUCCAGCUGGCAUUAAUUAGUGAGUGGGUCCACCCCGCCUUUAUAAAGGAGACGCGCCCACUGCCGUGCUCUGUGUCCACGCAGGCGAAGAUGAGCUACGGAUCUGAUGUGCUCUCCUCCUCCUCCUCCUACAGGAGGAUCUUCGGGGAUUCUCCCCGUUUCGCCUCCUCUCCGUCGCGAGUGUCCUCCCGCGGAGGAGGCUACCGCUCCUCCUCCCUGUCCCGCACCAGGAUCUCUUCCGUGGGCUCCUACAGCAGAAAGUCGGCUCGCUCCUUCUCCGCUCCGCUGGAGGCCUUCGACCUGACCCAGAGCAGCAUCCUCAACAAUGAGUACAAGAUCAUCCGCACCAACGAGAAGGAGCAAAUGCAGGGUCUCAAUGACCGCUUUGCCAUGUUCAUCGAGAAGGUGCGCAACUUGGAGCAGCACAACAAAGUGCUGGAGACCGAGCUGGUGGCGCUGCGCCAGCGGCAGGCAGAGCCGUCCCGCCUGGCGGAGCUCUACCAGCAGGAGAUCCGAGAGCUGCGCUCCCAGCUGGAGGAGCUGAACGGAGAGAAGUCCCAGCUGGUGAUAGAAAGGGACAGCAUCGACGACGACAUGCAGAAACUCAGGGAGAAGUACGAGGAGGAGUUCCGCGGCCGGGAGGAGGCGGAGGCAACCCUCAAGGCUUUCAAGAAGGACGUGGACGACGCCACCAUGGUGCGCCUGGACCUGGAGAAGAAAGUCGAGUCCCUCCUGGACGAGAUCAACUUCCUGCGGAAGGUGCACGAAGAGGAGGUGGCCGAGCUGACGGAGAUGAUCCAGGCCGCGCAGGUGUCCGUGGAGAUGGAGGUGGCCAAGCCGGACCUCACCUCCGCCCUCAAGGAGAUCCGCAGCCAGUACGAGUCCAUGGCGUCCAAGAACCUGCAGUCCGCCGAGGAGUGGUAUAAGAGCAAGUUCGUCGACCUGACGGAGCAGGCCAGCCGGAGCAACGACGCCAUCCGAGCCAGCAGGGAGGAGGCGAACGAGUUUCGGAGGCAGCUUCAGUCCAAGACCAUUGAGAUAGAGAGCCUGAGGGGAGCCACAGAGUCUCUGGAGAAGCAGCUGCGGGAGAUGGAGGACAGGCACAACAUGGAGAUCAACACCUACCAGGAAAGCAUGGCAGAGCUGGAAAAUGACCUGAGGACCACCAAGAAUGAGAUGGCUCGACAUCUGAGAGAAUACCAGGACCUGCUGAAUGUCAAGAUGGCUCUGGAUAUAGAAAUCGCUGCAUACAGGAAACUCCUGGAAGGGGAGGAGACCCGCAUCGGAACCGGCAUCGCCUAUCCCAACCCUUCUAUAAGCGCCGGCAUUGGGCAGGGCUACAGCUACCAGACCCGCAUCUACUCUGGCUCCGGCAAGACCUCCAAGAAGGAGGGCAAGGAGGAGGAGCAGCCGCAGAGCAAGCCCACCGGGAAGGUGUCACAGCGCGAAGUUUACGAGGAGACCGUCGUGACAACCAAGAAGAUGGAGAAGCAGCAAGAAGACAUCCCUACCAAUCAGAAAAACUAGAAACCUCCUCUAAGCCUGGGUCUGAAACCACUAAACCUUCGCUCCAUCCCGCAAACGCACGCCUCUUUUCAUCUCCCGUCUGUUUAUUCUUAUUCGAAUCCGUCAUAACUCCACAGAAGCAAUCACUUUACUGCAACAAAUUACAUUCACAAAGUCAUGGCUGAACAAGAGCAGGCACUUUGGUAGCAGUCUUCAUCACAAAUGUUGCUUCAUCAUGUAGGAGAGACACAGUGAGCAAAUUUUUACCUCAAGCUGUGAUGUAAUCUCAACACAUAUUGAGGGACAUGCGUUUGACUGUUAGGAUGCACAACAACACACACACACACACACACACACACACACACAAGAAAAAUAGUUGGAAACACAUCAGCUGGUGUUGUACUUUAUCCCUUAUAGUUUCCGGAAGAAACAGGCUGUCUUGCAUAGCAAAACAGUCCAACAUCACAUAAACUUAUGGUUUUCAGUUGAGCUAGGUGGCCAGAGAAAGGGGCGAUGUUUUCGUUUUAAUUCAUUAACAAUGCUCCUGUGUCAUAGCGUUGCUAUUUUAAUGAAGCUAAGACUCGAAGCGAGCAGUUUCUGAAAAUGUAUCACUUGAGCUUUAUUUGCAUGUAUGUGCCAUGCUUGACUGAUUUUUCAUCUCAGUGCUCAUUCGACUUGGGGUUGUUUGAACAUGAAAGGUCAGCACAGUUUUUAUCAUUCUUAAGAUGCAACUUUAGGCCUCUGAUGUCUGCUGGUAAUGUGAAUAUGCUGAAAAGGAUCAUCUCUAAAGCACUUAAGUAGAAAUGAAUCACCUAAGCUGAGAAUGAGUAACUAUUUGCACAAUGUUUUACCAAGGAUGCAAGGGAGAAUACAUUUUUACAAACUUGAAUCCAAUUUGUGACUGAUAUAAAACGAAUGAAUAGUGUUUUUCAGUCUGGUUGAGUACAUACAUGGGAUCACUAUACUUCAGCACAAACGCAUGAGAUUCUGCUUGCUUCAUGUCUCUGGGUGUGAUUUAUCGUAUACAUAGAUAGUCUCCAUGAACCCCACAGUCACAUCCCUGAAGCCUAAAGACGGCCGUGCCGAUCGGGACGAAAACCCCGUGGAAAACCUGCCGGAUCACAGAAACAACUCGACCUCCCUUCUUAAUAACUGAGGCCAUGACUGGAUCAAAUGUCUGUUGUAGUAACUACUUCACUCUUAGAGCAACUAUGAGACUUGUAGCUUAUUUAUUUUUUAUUAAUUCCUGCUUGUGCACUGCCUCACUGCAGGUCACGGCGGUCAAUGCCGUGACGAACUGCACUCACUUCUUCACAAGUAGACGCAAAGGAACUGCUGAUUGAACAGCUAGCUGCUCUGGUUUUUGGUGGUGUUUACCUGAAGCUUGUGACGAGUAUCUUAGUACUGUAUACAUGUGCUUCUGCACAGUGGCCUAACAUGACCGGAACGACGUUGGGAAAUUUUGGUUUUAUGGAAUGCUGUCGCUAUUUAUGUAAUACUCGCUUUGACAAUGGAUGAACGGCUCAUGGUUGCAAAGCCUUACACUAAAACCCCAAAAAAAAAAAAAAACAAACAAAAAAAACAACUAAACCAACAAUAACAAACAAACGUCACCACAACUGCGGCACUGCCAAACUUUUCUAAAUGCACAUUUUUCUCAAAAGGAAACAAAAAAUGUCACCAAUCCAUACUCAACCGUCAAUACUGAAAUAUAUUGUAGAAGAAAUACUGUAGGAUGUAAAACGCCUUAAAACACCAGCAGCUUCUGGUUACAUGUUCAAUGUGUAUAUUUCAGUCCAGUGGGGUGUUUUCAUCUUCCGUCAUCUCUUCAGUAGUGUUUAUUAGAGUUACCAUUACUUCUAAAGCAUAGGGAUUGAAUGUAGUUGACAUGCUGUUCUCUUUACCGUGACUGCUAUAUAUGUAUUGCCGUAUGACACCAUAUCAAUAAAGACUUGACCUGA